UAAGAGUGAGCGAGCUCCGGAGAGACGCUCAGAGGACGCCCACCCCGGGGGAGACACCCUCAGGACACCCAGAGAUUUGGCUGGGGAAUCCCUGAAACGAAACUGCCACAUUGGCUCCACGUGCCCUCACAGGGGACCUGGGAGCCAGAGCCCGAGAGGAUCCGUCGUAAGGGACAUAUUAGGCAACCUGCCCAGACCCUUCCCUCUCCAAUAGUGGAACUGAACUUUUUAGCGUGUUCUGGCCCUUUCGACUCCCCAGCCAGCAGUAUUUCAGAUUAAGGAGAAUGAGUGACAGCCACGCUCUGAAGCACCCAGGAAGGGUAGCUUUCGAUGCUGGUGUGAUAAAGAUGUUUUGGGAGGAAAAAAUCAAGCUGCACACAAGACAACUUCAGAGCGAGGCCAUGAGGACCCGCAGGAGUGCCCUGGACAGGCUCCGUGGCGAGUGGGCUCGGAUGCUGGAGGGGAGGAACAAGGCGCUGCAGGGCCCCCCCGGAGGUGGCCACCCAGCCUUCCCUGCUGGGCACUGAGCCCUUUCCCACGCAGGACACCGCUGCCACCUGAGGCCUGCAGACUUGCCCUGCCCGGGGUCCAAAGGCACCCGAGGCUCAGUGCAGAGGUUCGGAGCAGAACAACCACCAGGACCAGAGCCGCUGAGAAGCUCAUUGGGCACAUGCCCAAUAAAACCUAAGAUACUGAA